AAAAACCUUUUUAGAUAUAACUACAUAUUUUCAUUACGUGUCAUAAUCUUUCAAAAAUUAAUCUUCCAAAAUUUCUCGUUUCUGCAACAUGUUGUAAUUUUAAUAAUUCUUAUUUUUUAACGACAUUUCCGCAGUUAUUAACAGCAUUGGCGACAUUGGUAGAUCGCACUUGUGGUACCAUUUUUAAUGGCGACAGCGCCAAAAAGGAAAAACGACCAAGGCGGAGUCAUUGGUGCUAGUUCAUCGCAGGACCUCGUCACCGACCAGAACUCGGGUCGCCGCCAGGAGCAGAAGGUCUACACCUUUAAUGACCGCCCUCCGCCGCCAAAGCCACCAGGAGCACCAGGACUUCCUGCCAAGCCGGAUGACAAGACCAAGCCACAGAAGACCAUCCUUGAAGAGCAUGGUAUUAUUUUGGGUAAGGUGAUUGGCACAGGCAACUAUGCCAAGGUCAAGAUCGGCUUUUCGGAGGAGUACGGUAAACGGGUUGCCGUCAAAAUCAUAUCCAAGGUGAAGGCUCCCACCGAAUACACCCAGAAGUUCCUGCCGCGGGAGAUAGAGGCAGUGAAGGGCUUGCACCACGACAACUUGAUUACCUUCUAUCAGAGCAUCGAGACCAGUCAUAGAGUAUACCUGAUAAUGCAACUGGCCGAGAAUGGAACGCUUUUAGACUAUGUGCGUGAGCGGAAGUUCCUGGAUGAGCCGCAGUCGCGGACUCUUUUCAAGCAGCUGGUGAGUGCGGUGGAGUACAUCCACAGCAAAGGAGUGGUGCACCGGGACAUUAAGUGCGAGAACCUGCUGUUGGAUGAGAACUGGAACCUUAAGUUGAUCGACUUUGGGUUCGCGCGCAAGGAUACGCGGACUCCCGAUAACCAAGUGAUCCUCUCGAAAACCUUUUGCGGCAGCUACGCCUACGCCAGCCCAGAGAUUUUAAAGGGUGUGGCCUACGACCCGUUCAUGUCGGACAUCUGGGCCUGCGGCGUCGUCUGCUACGCGAUGGUCUUCGGUCGUCUUCCCUACGAUGGCUCCAAUGUGCACAUCCUGCUCAAGCGCAUCAACCAAUCGCUGGUGUUCCCAAAAUCCCCGUCCGCAUCCAGCGAGUGCAAGCACAUGAUAAUGCACAUUCUGGCGCCCGUGAAGAUCCGGUACAAUAUUCCGCAGGUCAAGGAGGACCCCUGGUAUUCGCUUAAGUAAACAUGUUUGAUGCUCCACAAGAAUGCAAAAUUAUAAAAAAAAAUUAAUACUGA